UGUCUGUGUGCCGACGUCUCGUCACUGCGGAUAGUCUUCCCAGCGUCGAGGGACCCACGAGGAGGGCUUCUCUGCAGGCAGCCACGCACCCUUGGGGGGCUUGCCAUCGGCCGUGUACCACUGGUAGCUGCAGAAUGAAGACCAUGUCAGACAUAAAAGGAGCGAUAUCGACGCUGCAUUCUUUUUUGUGAUGCGGCAGCUGACCUGGCCCUCCAUCUUCCGGCGAACUGGUGGAUGAGGAAGAUGUCUGGAUGAUGGCAGUCCUGGGUUGCAUUCGAGUGGUCUUGGAGGGGGGCGAAGCGGUUGAUACCGAAGAUGGAGACAUCACCGGCACGAUGGUCCCCGCCAGCCAUGACGGUCUCCUUUGACAGCCCCCUCUUUGUCAUGUAAUUGGUGACAGCCCGGCUGUAUACGGCUGGGCCAGUGAUCUCCACCGCAUCCGCAGAUGAGGGAGACGCCUUCAUCUCUUUCACCUUCUCGCAGAUGAGCCCGAUCGUCGAGGACAGAAUGGGAUGUUUUGGAGCAAAGGCAAAGGCCCAUCCCGUGAACUGAAGCUGAGAUGUCUCCGGCCUGAUGAUCUCCGCACCCACAAGGCCUGAACAAAGGCGCCGAGACACGCAUGCACAUGCAUAGACACACACCGAGACACGUGUUUCCUUUGAAUCAUCGGGUCUUGUUAACCUCUGGAUGAGUGUUUCUGCGCUUCGUCCCACUCCUCUAUCGGCCUGCGGCAAUCCACGUCAGUGUCGAGAAAGAGCCCUUCCCUCUCAUAUAUUAUGAGAUACGAAAAGACAUCCUGGAUGCCCAGCAAAAAGAGAGAGACCACUCGGUGAUUCGAAAGCAUUUUGGUGCGUGCCAGCUCUCUGAAGGAGGCAUAGAAGGCUCACCUUCUUCUCAACACUGUUCUUGAAGUACUUCCAUAUAUCGACAACACCUGGAUAUGUCUCCUUAAUGUACUUAUCCGCUCCCCAGCGUCAUACAGGUGAAAGACCCACCCUGGGUUCAUCCGUUUGCACUUGUCGAUGUUCUUCUUCUCCCAUUGAGGCAUGACUUGCUUGUUCUCGGUCGUCAUGAAGACUUGUCUAGGAAUCGCCGGUGAAGUCUCUGCAGAGCCGCCGCCUUGGGGCUUGUCGGCCGCCAUGAUCCGAAGGGUCUCCUCAGCUCCACAAAGCUGGUUGUCGGGCUGCAGUGAUCUCAGAGUGGCACGUCUGCCUGCAGAGCGAGAAUUGCUCGAAUCGACAAGCGUAGGACGUCAGUGCAAGCCUCUUUCAGAUGUGUUGAUUGGCUUACGGAGUGUCUUGAUGCUGACGAAGUCGACAAUUUCGGGGUGCCAUGAAAGAGACCUGGCCACAGCGGCAAGCGCCAGCGAUGCGAUUGCGAAGGAGAAUCGGAUCAUGUGCGUCG